UUUCAUUACAAAAGUCAAAUCAAAGCAAAUAAUUAGGAGUGGUUCAAGAGCUACCUGCAGCUUUGACCGGUUCCAAACAGGUGAGACCGAAGAGGGAGGUGCGGAGGACCAGGUACACUACAGGUGACUUCUUCCUGGGAUCCUGCAGGGCAGGAAGGAUUCCCUUCCUUAUUAAGGACUUCAGUGGUUCACCGAAUGAGCGUCCUUUCCAAUUUACACUCACGAGAUGAAGCCGGUGUUCAGUGAGUGAGGAAACAGCUCCGAAUGAAAAGAAAUUCCUCUUCGUAGAUUUCUCUUUAAUUCACAGUCAGAUGAAGGUCCUGCAGGUAGAGCUCCCUGGAAGCCUACAUCUGAUGGAGAAGCUGAGCUGCCCGAACAACGACAGAUUUUAAGAAGAUCUGGAAGCAUGCACCUGCAGAAUCAUCACACUGGACUCGUUGGGGAAUGAUUUCUGGAUUGCACAUAUAUUGUCUCUCACUCGGGUAACGAGACUGGAAACCCGCCCUGCCUCAGAUGUACGGCACACAUCAGGCCCCAGAUGUGUAGGAAGAGACCCGCAGGCAUGGGUCUCGCAAGGCACAUGGCUUUUCGUUCUUGGAACUGGUUGCUAUGGCUGAUGGUCCUUGCAUGUUCCGAAGCAUCCUCGUAUGUGAAUGAGUCCUCCAACUCCACUGCCCAGCAGGCACCUGAUGCUCGGUUUGCUGCUUCCAGCUCAGACCCUGAUGAAAGAAUAUCUGUGUUUGAACUGGAUUAUGACUAUGUUCAAAUUCCCUAUGAGGUCACCCUCUGGAUAUUGCUUGCAUCCCUUGCAAAAAUCGGUUUCCACCUUUACCACAAGCUGCCCCACCUCAUGCCAGAGAGCUGUCUCCUCAUCAUCGUGGGUGCGCUGGUGGGUGGCAUCAUCUUUGGCACCCACCACAAAUCGCCUCCAGUCAUGGAUUCGAGCAUUUACUUCCUGUACCUCCUUCCGCCCAUCGUGCUGGAGAGCGGCUACUUCAUGCCCACGCGGCCCUUCUUUGAGAACAUCGGCUCCAUCCUGUGGUGGGCAGGCCUGGGGGCCCUGAUCAAUGCCUUUGGCAUUGGUCUCUCCCUCUACUUCAUCUGCCAGAUCAAAGCCUUCGGCCUUGGCGACAUCAACCUGCUGCAGAACCUGCUGUUUGGUAGCCUGAUCUCGGCGGUGGACCCCGUGGCCGUGCUGGCCGUGUUCGAGGAGGCGCGCGUGAACGAACAGCUUUACAUGAUGAUCUUCGGGGAGGCCCUGCUCAAUGACGGAAUCAGUGUGGUCUUAUACAACAUACUAAUCGCCUUCACGAAGAUGCAUAAAUUUGAGGACAUAGAACCUGUGGACAUUCUGGCUGGGUGUGCCAGAUUUGUCAUCGUGGGCUGUGGGGGAGUGUUUUUCGGCAUCAUUUUUGGGUUCAUCUCGGCUUUUAUCACGCGCUUCACCCAGAAUAUCUCUGCCAUUGAGCCGCUCAUUGUGUUCAUGUUCAGCUAUCUGUCUUACUUAGCCGCCGAGACCCUUUAUCUCUCCGGCAUCCUGGCAAUCACAGCCUGUGCGGUGACAAUGAAAAAGUACGUGGAGGAGAACGUGUCCCAGACGUCCUACACGACCAUCAAGUACUUCAUGAAGAUGCUGAGCAGCGUGAGCGAGACCUUAAUCUUCAUCUUCAUGGGCGUGUCCACCAUCGGCAAGAACCAUGAGUGGAAUUGGGCAUUCAUCUGCUUCACACUGGUCUUCUGCCAGAUCUGGAGAGCCAUCAGCGUGUUUACUCUCUUCUAUGUCAGUAACCAGUUCCGGACUUUUCCCUUCUCCGUCAAGGAUCAGUUCAUAAUCUUCUACAGUGGCGUGAGAGGCGCCGGAAGCUUUUCCCUUGCGUUUCUGCUUCCUCUGUCCCUCUUUCCUAGGAAGAAAUUAUUUGUUACUGCUACUUUAGUCGUUACGUAUUUCACUGUAUUCUUUCAGGGAAUCACAAUUGGCCCACUGGUCAGGUACCUGGAUGUCAGAAAGACCAAUAAAAAAGAAUCCAUCAAUGAAGAGCUUCACAUUCGGCUGAUGGAUCAUCUGAAGGCUGGGAUUGAAGAUGUAUGUGGGCAAUGGAGUCACUACCAAGUGAGAGACAAGUUCAAGAAGUUUGAUCAUAGAUACUUACGGAAAAUUCUAAUCCGGAGGAACCUGCCGAAGUCAAGCAUCGUUUCUUUGUAUAAGAAGCUUGAGAUGAAGCAGGCCAUCGAGAUGGUAGAGACGGGGAUACUGACCUCUGCUGCUCUCCCCACACCCUAUCAGCCCGAGAGGAUACAGGGAACCAAGCGGCUUUCCCCUGAAGACGUGGAGUCCAUGCGAGACAUUCUGACAAGAAACAUGUACCAAGUUCGACAAAGAACUCUGUCCUACAACAAAUAUAACCUCAAGCCCCAAACAAGUGAGAAGCAGGCCCAGGAGAUUCUCAUCCGCCGCCAGAACACCUUGAGAGAGAGCAUGCGGAAAGGGCAGAGUCUGCCCUGGGGAAAGCCAGUAUGUGCGGGUACCAAGAACUUUCGCUACCUCUCCUUCCCCUACAGCAAUCCCCUGUCAGCAAGGAGAGAAGCAAGGGCUGCUGAACUCACAGAUGAUGACGGCAUCGAUCCCGGACUCCAGCCCUUGAUGUUCAGAGCACACUCGCGAGCAGGGUCCCUUCAGGAAAGACGGCAGACCCAGGCAAUGAUCCCGAUGAAGAGCUUUCACAGAGGAGAGAAGGCCCUCAGCUUCAGCUACCGGAGCAACAGCAGCUGGGAGGAGCAUGCUGGAUGGGGCAGGCGGGACGUCAUCCGGCCCAAGCCACUGUUCUAUGCAGUAGAUGAGGAGUAUGAAUCUGGAGAGCAGACCGAGGAGGAGACACCAGCAACCGGGUCCAGAUGGAUAGCCGAGCAUAGACAUAGCAGAGAACACUACAAAUCCCACAAUCCUUUGCUCCAUAGAAAAUAGUUCACUACGCGAAGGCUGUUGGGUCUUUCCAGAGUCUCUCUUCUAUCACCAUAAAACAAAAAUUCUUACAGUUGAGAACAGAGCUAUUGACUUUACAUUUUUGAAGCUCUUGGACACCUACCUAUAAAACAGGAUGACUUUCCAAACAAACUUGAAGGAUGAGCCACAUACUUGUCUUGUGCCUUUGUGUGUCACAGACCUUAACUCCUCACAACAGCCAAUCACAUCUAAGGAUUAUAGAAAUCUACCAAGUUCUUCUGAUUUUCUUACAGACAUCAAGGGGGCAGUGCUUGGAUUUGGAGAUAUGCAAUGAUGGAAGCCAUUAGGAAAACUCAUUGCUGAAAAAAGAACCAAAGAACUAAAAAAUUCAUCUCUUAGAAUAUAUAGGAACCUUCUGUUACCACCAUCUGAAAUAUGCCAUAUGUCAAGAACUAUGUGUGAUUGAUUAACAAUUCCUAUUCCUAUAGACUGUACAUAUGUGUAAUUAGCAAUCAGUUAGAACUGUCACGGACCUUUGAAGUCAUUUGACUCAGUUCCUUGAGUUUUCAGAUUGGGACACUGACAAAGGUCCCAUGGCAGGUUUGGUCACCUUGCAAUGUGAAUACAUUUGGCAUUAAUUCUUUUCGAACUCUUCUGUUUUCAAAGAUACAGUAAUAUUCCUCAAGUGAGAGGUAAACUUUGUGGCAACAUUGUUAUAUUUAAUCAGCGAUAUCAAUAGAUGUGAUCUACAUUAUA